AUGGUCAACCCUUCGGUUCCCAACGACUACGCCCUCUCACCGGCUGAGGCGACUCCUCAUCUGACCAUCAAUCACGAUGUGGCCGCCGACCUAGACUCGAGCAACGCCUUUGAAGGUCCCGAGAAGCUCCUCGAAGUCUGGUUCGCCCCCGGCCCGGAGUCGCUCCCCGCGAGCGCUCAGCCCAAUGGACUGAAGGCCGUCUCCGCCGACACCUGGGUCACCAUGCUCGACAUGGUCAACUGCAAGAUCCUCUCCGUCCUCGAGUCCGAGUCCGUCGAUGCCUACCUGCUGUCCGAGUCCAGCUUGUUCGUCUUCCCCCACAAGCUGAUCCUCAAGACGUGUGGCACCACCACGCUGCUGCUGGGUCUGCAGCGCCUGCUCCACAUCGCCGCCGAGCACGCCGGCUUCCCGUUCCACAAGGCUGAGAACGCGACCGAUGUCAAGGCUGCCGCGACCCCCUACCGUGUCUUCUACAGCCGCAAGAACUUCUUGUUCCCCGAUCGCCAGCAGGGUCCCCACCGCAGCUGGAGGUCCGAGGUCAAGUAUCUGGACGAUCUCUUUGAGGGCGGCAGCGCCUACAUGGUUGGCAAGAUGAACGGCGACCACUGGUACCUGUACAUCACCUCGCCCAGCCAGACGUUGACGCCCCCUCGGACUCCGGAGGAGAAGGAGGCGGCCCUUGGGGAAUCCCCCUCCAAGAUUCCCACUGGCAGCGUCGCCAGCUUUGGUAGCGGCAUCGAGGAGCGCAGUGACGAGACUCUCGAGAUUCUCAUGACCGAUCUCGACCCCGAAAAUGCGAAGCAGUUCUAUUUGUCGCACGCGAGUGCGGUCGCCACCGACAAGUCGCAUCUUUCGCAGACCCAGGCCGCUCGAGAUGACGCCCACCAGAGCCUGGGUGACCUGUCUCAGGUCCCCGACAAGGCGGGCGAUGAGCAUGUCGACGUCUUUGAGAACACAUGCGAGUCGGACCUCAACGAUGGCGAGCGUGCCACGACCGAGGCCUUGACGACCGAGGGCCACGCCAUCGGUACCGUCGUCUCCGAGGGCUGCGGCCUGUCCAGUGUCUACCCCACCAGCAAGUAUCCCGGUGCUCGUGUCGACGCGUACCUCUUCAGCCCCUGCGGCUUCUCUGCCAACGGCGUCGUUCCCGCCGUGACGGUCGAGGAGGAUGCCUCCAAGAGCGAGAAGAGUGCAAGCGCCGCUCACUACUUCACGGUCCACGUUACUCCUGAGCCCAACUGCUCCUUCGCCUCCUUCGAGACCAACGUCCCUGGAGGCCAAAGCGGCCGCACCACGGCCGAGAUCAUUGAGCACGUUGUCGACAUCUUCAAGCCCGGCCGCUUCAGCGUCACACUCUUCGAGGCCAAGGGCAAGAGCGCGAACCCUUACGGAAUGGGCGAUCAUGCUUCACGUACGACCGCCGCCCAGCGCCUCGUUGAUCCGGUUCGUGGAUACCGUCGCAUUGACCGGAUCGUUCACGACUUUGAUGAUUACGACCUCGUGUUCCGUUUCUACCAAAAGGAGGACUGGGCGGGCGAUCGUGAAGCCCGCCUCGGAGAGCUGAUGUGA